AUGGAGAGCCCCGAUAUCGGCGCCAUUCACAAAAACGUAUCGGAAAGUGGGCGGAAUGGUGAGAGGCAGCGGAAUGGAGGGCAGGAUCAGCGGCAGGGAGAGCAGGGGCAGCAAAACGGAAGGAAGAGGCCGCGGAAUGGGGAGCGAGAGAAGCGGAACGGUGUUAAGGAGCAGCGAAACAGAGAUCAGGCGGACAAAACCUAUGGAAUGUGGACAGUUAGCGUGUCAUUGAGCAGCAGUGCGGCCGCAGAAUCCGAGGGCCUCGUUCUCGAUUGCACUGCUUUCCCGGACGCCAGAGUACUGGUGAUCGUCAGACAACUGGUGACCGUCCUGCGGGAGCUCGCAUCGGAGUGCGUCGACGUCGCCUACAAGGCCUCGACGUCGCUCUAG